AUGGCUUCAAACACGUCUGAAAACCCGGAGAACGAGCAGACCCAAUUACAGCAGCCACAAAGACCAGUCCCCAAUCUCAUACGAGCCACAAGACCUCGCCGUGGAGGCAGAAGAGCCAGCGUCACCGUCACCGCCAACGGCAGUCCCAUCCGCCGCCGCGAGGCUCGACCCCCCAACAACCACCGUGGCCACCUCCGUGCCUGGAAUCCACCAGGUUCAGAGGCCAGUCGCUUCAAUGGUCAACCUUCAGACUACGAUGUACCACUCAUCCGACCUCCAGUGGAGAGACUUCCCAGUCCCGGCAGUGCCGCCCCAUGGGGAUAUCGUCGUGGAUACGUCUGGCAGCCGGUGCGAGCCCGAGAUGUGAUCAGAACCAUUGACCGACUGAAGACCACACUCAAAACCGGUGAAUGGACACUGGAUGACACAGGCGUCGUCCGUGUCCUUGUCAUUGCGUACUACCACUCUGGCCGUGACCCUGAGAUCGGACGUGCCGUCCAGGGCCUAUUCGACCAUCUGGGAUGGACACGCCUGAAUUUACAGAACCCAGCCAUCGUCAAUCUUGUCAAACGGAUCGACGAAGGCCAGUUCAUCACACAGAUUGCACUCGAUCAUUUUGCCUUUUCACGACACCAUUUCUUCAUGGGGAUCACGCCCACGGGUGUUGGCUUGUAUCCGGCAUGGAAUCUUGUCUGGGUGCAUGGUUAUUGUCUUCGAGUUCCUGCUGGUGCGCCUAGGGAUUGGGCUUUGACAGUAACGCCUCGGAAUGCGCAUAAUGCUUUCAUUCAUCAGUUACUCACCUUUCGACAGCCUGAAUUUGGAGAGCUCUCUCUUGAACAGUUGCGGGUGGCUGGCUUGUUGGAUGAAGGCAUGGAUACUGUCGCUGCCAUUAUCCAAAAUUGA